CUUGUGUUUACUUGUCCAACAGGGCAGCCAUCUUCACCACCUGUGGUGGACACCGUUCAAGGCAAAGUCCUAGGGAAGUAUGUCAGCUUAGAAGGAUUAACAGAGUCUGUGUCCGUCUUCCUGGGAGUCCCCUUUGCCAAGCCCCCUGUUGGAUCCCUGAGGUUUGCUCCACCACAGCCCGCAGAGCCCUGGAGCUUUGUGAAGAAUGCCACCUCCUACCCUCCUAUGUGCUCCCAAGAUGCAGUCCUUGGAAAGAUGCUUUCAGAUAUGUUCAGCACCCAAAAGGAGAACAUUUCUCUCAAGUUUUCGGAGGACUGUCUCUAUAUGAAUAUUUACACCCCUGCUGACUUACCAAGUAGCAGCCGAUUGCCUGUGAUGGUGUGGAUCCAUGGAGGUGGAAUGGUGACAGGAGGGGCAUCAACCUAUGAUGGACUGGCUCUCUCUGCCCAUGAAAAUGUGGUGGUGGUGGUCAUUCAAUACCGCCUGGGAAUUUGGGGAUUAUUCAGCACAGGUGAUGAGCACAGGCCUGGGAACUGGGGUCUCUUGGACCAGCUGGCUGCACUACGCUGGGUCCAGGAGAACAUUGCCAACUUUGGAGGGGACCCAGGCUCUGUGACCAUCUUUGGAGAGUCAUCAGGAGGUUUCAGUGUCUCUGUUCUUGUGUUGUCUCCUCUGGCCAAGAACCUCUUCCACAGAGCCAUUUCUGAGAGUGGUGUGAUCAUCAGUACAAAGCUGAUCAAGGAGAAGACCCAGUCUGUGGUUGAAAAAAUUGCUGCUGUUUCUGGGUGUGAAAACAUGACAUCAGCUGCCAUGGUUCACUGCCUGCGCCAGAAGACUGAGGACGAGCUCUUGGAGAUCUCACAGAAACUGGCACUUAACAAUACCUUCCCAUCCGUAGUGAUUGAUGGAGUGGUCUUGCCAAAGGCACCAGAAGAGAUCCUGGCUGAGAAGAGUUUUAAUACUGUCCCCUACAUUGUGGGCAUCAACAAGCAAGAGUUUGGCUGGAUCCUUCCAACGAUAAUGGGCGAUCUACUCUCUGAAGGCAAAAUGAAUGAGAAAAUGGCCCGUUCCCUCUUACGGAGGUUCAGCGCUGAGCUUAACAUCUCUGAGAGUGUGAUUCCUGAAGUCAUUGAGAAGUUCGUAGGAAGAACAGACGACCCUAUCAAAAAGAGAGACCUUCUCCUGGACAUGUUUGCUGAUCUGUUUUUUGGUAUCCCAACUGUGCUCAUGGCCCGUGGCCUCAGAGAUGCUGGGGUUCCUACCUACCUGUAUGAGUUUGCGUACUACCCAAGCUUCGUAUCUGACAAGAGGCCCAAGACGGUGCUGGGAGAUCAUGGUGAUGAAAUCUUCUUUGUAUUUGGAAUUCCAUUUUUAAGAGAGGGUGCCUCAGAAGAGGAGACCAUCCUCAGCAAGAUGGUGAUGAAAUUCUGGGUCAACUUUGCUCGACAUGGGAACCCCAAUGGGAGGUGGUUGCCCUAUUGGCCAGAGUAUGACCAGAAUGAAGGGUAUCUGCAGAUUGGAGCUACCACCCAGCAAGCCCAGAGACUGAAAGACAAGGAAGUGGCUCUCUGGACUGAGCUCCUGGCUAAGAACCCACCUCAGGCAGAACACACUGAACACACAGAACAGGCAUGAAUGGGAGGCUUUGCCAGCCUCAGGACCAGGAGCCA